AUGGCUAGAAAACCAUUCCCACGCAAUUCCAGUAAUAUCUCUGGGUCGGUUUUGGAAUUGAAACAUACUGAUGUUUGCGGACCCAUGCAAACAAUGACACCCAGUCAUAAACGGUACUUGUUGACUUUGAUAGAUGAUUAUAGCAGAUACACUGUUAUGUAUUUGUUAAGGCAUAAGUCGGAAGUUGCUCAAAGGAUUCAGGAAUAUAUACAGCAUGCUAAAACAAAAUUUAAUAAAACACCAAAGGUCUUCAGGUCCGAUAGGGGUACCGAGUUUGUAAAUAAGGAUCUCAAGGAUUUAUUUUCUAAGGAAGCCAUGCUUACAACAAUUAACAGCGAAGAAGUGAAACUAGUGUCACGCGACACUCUUGAUUGUGUUGAAUAUUUAAAGAAACGUGUGCACAAACACUUAGAUAAAUACGAGGAGGAUAAUUCGCAAACAGGUGGCUUACAUAGAAUUAUCACUGUCAAACUUGGUGCCAAGGUGAUGUUAAUGCGUAAUAUAGAUGUUACAUUGGGCCUCAUAAACGGUACUAUUGGAAAAAUUGUUGGAUUCUUACGAGCACCGGAUAGUGAAGACAUCAACACAGUGCAGUUUCGAUUAUCAACGAGUACUGUGCAUUCGUUACAAAGAAUUACUUCCAAGUUUCAAAUAAUGGAUAAAGCUUAUGUCCUUCGAUAUCGAUUUCCAAUAUCUCUCAGUUAUGUAAUCACCAUUCACAAAUGGCAGAGAUUAAGCGUAAAGACAGUUGUAGUCGAUAUAGGUAAUAGUAUUUUCAGUUGCGGUCAGGCUUACGUGGCUUUAUCUCGAGUAACGACUUUAAACGGCUUGCAUAUAAUUAAUUUCGAUUCGUGCAUGGUGAAGGCAAAUACAUUGGUUAUACAAGAAUAUAACAGAUUAAGAAGUAUUUAUAGGCCAGAUUUAGCUGCACUGAAAUUUUGCUGUGAUAGUAUGCGCCGAAUGUUAUUGACACGUAAAAGUUCAGAUGUUAUGAGAGCUGUAGCCCAAGCUUACGUAGGCAUUGAUGUACAGAUACUUAACUCUUUUGCUGUUAGACAACAUGCAUUAUAA